UUUUUUACACCCCGAAAACUCGACAAGUUUUCGUGGUCAGGUCGAAAUGACCUUAAACCCAGCCUUCACGUUAAAAGCGAGGCCCCUAUUUCGUUCUCUAGAGGUGUGACUUGGAUGUAGACGCUGCGUCUGGAGCCGUGUUUGUUUCUCCCUCCUGCCGGGGAAGAGAUCAUGGCGGCGGCCGCCGAAGCGAGUGCCAGCAGCGGCAGCAGCGACACAUCCAGCACCGGCGAGGAGGAGCGGAUCCGCCGCCUGUUCCAAACCUGCGACGGAGACGGAGACGGGUACAUUAACCGGAAUGACCUGUUAAUGGUGUGCAGGCAGCUGAACAUGGAGAACUCUGUGGCUGAGAUCAUGUGCCAGCUUGGGGCGGAUGAACUGGGGAGGAUUUCGUUUGAGGACUUCACGCGCUGCCGCAUGCAGCUGGUCAGCGAAAUCCGCAAAGAGGAGGGCCUUCUGUCCCUCCUGUCCAGUGACUCAGACAAGAGGAAGCUCCGAGAACGCAUCGCCUCCUGGCCCCCCAGCAGCGAGAACAGUCUGGGUGCACUCUCGGCGGCUAAGGAAAGCUGGGAGUAUGACUCGGGGGCCAGAGACCUGCAAAGUCCAGACCUGCCAUCUCCUCCUCAGCAGCAGCGGCAGCAGUGCUCAGUGCUACUGCAGAAGUUUCUGGAACAGCCCGGCAGUGUCUUGGAGCAUCCAGCAAGCCUGCACAAGCUCCUCUCACAGCCUUCAGGACGUAGCACUCCUGUAGGUGGAGGCUAUCUGGAUCUGGCCAACACACUGCAUCUGGCCGCUGUGGCUUCUCUGAAGGGUGACGUGGUCGAACUCAACAAGAGGCUACUGCAGAGCGAGAGAGAACGGGACGCGCUGGAGAAAAGACUGGCCAAAGCACAGUGUGAGCAGUCGCAUCUGCUGAGGGAGCAUGAGGACGUUCAGGAGAGGACGACUCUGCGCUACGAGGAGAGAAUCACCGAACUGCACAGCGUCAUUGCCGAGCUCAAUAAGAAGAUAGACCUGCUCCAGGGAACCACCAUCAGGGAGGAGGAUGAGUUUUCGGAGUUGCGCUCUGAACUCAGCCACAGCCAACAGGAAGCCAACGAAGACGAGCGGAGCGUGGACCAGGACCCCGACCAGGCGUCUGUCUCACUGCCCGAAAACCAGUCAACACUGGUCACUGCAGACAUGGACAACUGCAGUGACCUAAACUCGGAACUCCAGCGGGUGCUGACCGGCCUGGAGAGUGUCGUUUGCGGCCGGAAGAAAAGCGCCUGCAGUCUGUCUGUGGCUGAGGUGGACAGACACAUUGAGCAACUAACCACGGCCAGCCAGCACUGUGACCUGGCCAUUAAGACAGUAGAGGAGAUCGAGGGAGCCCUGGGCAGGGAUUUCUACCCGAGUCUAUGUGAGGAGCGUGUGCGCUGGGAGAAGGAGCUUGCGGGGCUCAGAGAGGAGAACGAGAGCCUGACAGCGAUGCUCUGCAGCAAAGAGGAGGACCUAAACCGCACCAAAGCCACCAUGAGCGCCAUCCGUGAAGAGAGAGACCGCCUCCGCCGACGAGUGCGUGAGUUGCAGACUCGUCUCCAGAGUGUCCAGCCUGGUGGAGGUCAGUCCAGUCCAGGCCGUUUGACCCCCGCUGGUCGACCCAUUAAUCCCAGCACAGGCGAGCUCAGCACCAGCAGCAGCAGCAACGACAUCCCUGUAGCCAAGGUGGCGGAACGAGUCAAGCUGUCCAAAACGCGCUCAGAGUCAUCGUCAACUGAGAGAGCGGUGCUGGGCUCAGAGAUCAGCAGCAUUGGGGUGUCGAGUAACGUGGCGGAGCACCUGGCCCACUCUCUACAAGACUGCUCUAAUAUCCAGGAGAUUUUCCAGACACUUUACUCACACGGCUCCGCCAUCUCCGAGAACAAGAUCCGCGAGUUUGAGGUGGAGACAGAACGGCUCAAUAGUCGUAUUGAGCACUUGAAGUCUCAGAACGACCUGUUGACCAUCACGCUGGAGGAAUGUAAGAGCAAUGCAGAGAGAAUGAGCAUGCUAGUGGGCAAAUACGAGUCCAACGCCACUGCCCUGCGCCUGGCUCUGCAGUACAGUGAGCAGUGUAUUGAGGCCUAUGAGUUACUGUUGGCUCUUGCGGAGAGUGAACAGGGCCUGGUGCUCGGCCAGUUUAGAGCUGCUGGAGUCAGCACUAUGGGGGAGCAGGGUGCUGAGGAGAGCAUCACUCAGGUCCUGAAGCGAGCUCAUGACAGCAGGAAGACCGCAGAGAACGCAGCUAAAGACCUCCUAGGCAGACUGGAUGGCAGCUGUGGGGCUGCGUUCUCUGUCACAGGCUGUAGCGUCCAGCCCUGGGAGAGCCUGUCCUCCAACAGCCACACCAGCACAACCAGCUCCACGGCUAGCAGCUGCGACACGGACUUCUCCAAAGAGGACGAGCAGCGUCUGAAGGACUACGUCCAGCAGCUGAAGAAUGAACGGGCGGCAGUAAAGCUGACCAUGCUGGAGCUGGAGAGUGUACACAUCGACCCACUGAGCUACGAUGUGAAGCCCCGCGGAGAUUCGCAGAGGCUGGACCUGGAGAAUGCUGUUCUAAUGCAGGAGCUAAUGGCCAUGAAGGAGGAGAUGGCAGAGCUGAAAGCUCAGCUGUAUCUGCUGGAGAAGGAGAAGAAGGCUCUGGAGCUGAAGUUGAGCACACGCGAGGCACAGGAGCAGGCUUAUCUGGUGCACAUCGAGCACCUAAAGUCUGAGGUAGAGGAGCAGCAGGAGCAGCGCAGGAGAUCCCUGGGGUCAACAGGCAGUGCUGGAGCCAAAGAUAAGAGCGGGAAGGACUCGGGGGAUCCUUCAGCCGUUAAUGUGUCUGAACUGAGGAACCUCAGUGACAGUGACCUGGCAGCAGAACUCACCAAUGCUCUCCGGAGGGAGAAGAAGCUGAAGAGUCGUGUGCAGGAGCUGGUGGCAGCGCUGGAGCGACUGACCAAGAGCAGUGAGGUCCGACACCAGCAGAGCGCAGAGUUCGUCAACGACCUCAAACGAGCCAACAGUAACCUGGUAGCAGCGUAUGAGAAGGCUAAGAAGAAGCAUCAGAAUAAGCUGAAGAAGCUGGAGUCGCAGAUGAUGGCCAUGGUGGAGAGACACGAGACGCAGGUGCGCAUGCUCAAACAGCGCAUCGCUCUGCUGGAGGAGGAAACGUCCCGGCCACACACCAACGAGACCUCCCUCUGAUACCCACGUACACCCAUGAGACCAUGCUCUGAAACAGCUCUGACCCCAGAUCACUCUCAUAGCUUUGGUUAGGACCUCCAGUUGAGCUGUCCAUGCUUCUAUACCUUCUUCAGCAGGUGCUACACAUGGUUGGACAAGCUUCACAGGACAUUGACUGAAAUCCGAUGUAGUCCGAUUCAUGAAAAACUGCGGCAACGAGACACUAAGUAGCGUUGAGUCUAGAGUUUAAACUGCAAGCUGGAGUAUGUUAUUGUAAUUACGCCACGACACAACAGCGAAUUUGCCACCAUGCUCAAAAUAAAUCUUCAUUCAAAAUAAAUCUUGGUCAAAUUUGAGCAAGUCAGACAAAUAUGACUGAUCAAGACUAACUCCAUUAUUUCCAUUAGAGAGUUUUUCCAUUUAAAAAGCAGUGCACCUUGUUCUAUCUAUACGAGUGAUGAAAUGAGUUUCAUCAGAAUAUAUUUAUUACUUUCAGCAAUUCAUUACA